AUGCCGAAAGCAGAUGAGGCUUCAACUACUUCUGAAAUGAAUGAUGAGGAAAGAAUGGUACACAAAUUGUGGGAAUGGUUACUGGACAUCAAGGAGGAUGUCAAACGACAACAACAGGGAACUCAAAUACAGAAUCAACCAUGGUCCAUUACAAGCUUACCUAUUUCAACGGGCGUGGCUUGGGCGAAUGCGCACGCCAGCAGUUCGCUUUGGCUGACCAGAAAUACGACGACAUUCGCGUUACGCAAGAGACAUUUCCAGCGCUUAAGCCUUAGCUCCCAUUUGGACACAAGAAAAUUCGGAUUUGCUGGAAAGACUCCGUUUGAAGAAGCUCUUGUGGAUUCAUUAGCCGAUCAGUAUAGUGAUUAUCGUGUGGAAAUCAAGCCUUUCGUCUACACAGCGUAUGGCUUUGACAAGAAAGGAGACCUCGCAACGCUCAAGAAGGAAGUAAUGCUGCCAGCUCGUGACAAGUUUCUCGGCUUUAUCACCAAGUUCCUCAAAAAGAGCAAAUCUGAAUUCCUUGUCGGAGAUUCGGUGACAUGGGUGGAUUUGCUCAUUGCUGAGCACUGCUCUGACAUACAAUCCAAGGUUCCCGAAUAUCUUACAAGAUUUCCUGAGGUGAAGGUGCAUAUGGAAAAGGUUCGGUCGAUUCCCAAACUCAAGAAAUGGAUCGAAACCAGACCUGCAUCUGAUAUCUAGUUAUUUGCAUACUCGCUCCUUUGUGUAGAGUCACGUUGCAUAAAUAAAAGGUUGAAAGGUA